AACUCUGACAGAUAAGUUUUUGAUGUCACAUUUGUGUAUGAUCUCUGUUUAUCAGUCAAUUAUAAGACGAUUGUUUCUUUUAUUAAAAAAAAAAAACAGAUAAUGGAGAACAAACCAAACUACGACAUUGUGAUAAGCUCAGAAACGAUGACUAAGAUUGUUUCCUACAAAUAUGAUUUGUGUGCCAAAAAAGCGACAUCCGGAUGUUAUUUGAUGGAAAGCCUGAAUGCAAGCCAGUCUCAACUUAAUCAAAUGACGACUACGGAAGAAUUAGUAACACUUUUGCUGCUUACCAAAAAACCCAUGAUAUUUGCAGAGAGCGAAAUUAGAGGAGAUGGUUCUGAUUGGAAUGAAAUGGAAUUGCAAAUUUUGGGUGAAUUGGGAAUUGCGAUGAAUGUUGAGAUUUACGACAAUGGCGUCUGGGAACCAAGAAAUUCAAACUUUUCUACACACGUUCCACCACUGAAUGGGACAUUACUGUUUAUUCCCGGUCCAUUGCUCGAUCAAGUUUGUCCGGACUUGAAAGAGGUUACUUCUGGAAAUAAUAUCGAUCAAGAUAAAUACAAUCUACUGAUUGAGAGAAGAUUGAUGCCACUGCUUUAUUAUGCCAACGAAAAUGCAAAGAAAGAAAACAUGCUCGCAUUGAUAACAUGCCCUGGUGUGGGAUGUGGUGCAUUUGCAGGCCGAUUUUGUGGACAAAUGGGAGAACAUUUGAAUCAAGCAUUGCAGUACAUUUUGAAAAAACAUGCCCAUAAUUUCGAUAAUAUCGCUUGUGUGUACUUCGAUCCAUUCAGCGAAUGUUCAAAUGAAUCGCAUCAAUUUGUAAACGUCAAAUAUCGCAUACGACCAGAGUUACAAAAUCCCGAUAUGUCUCAAUUGUGUAAUCCCAAACAAUACGAAGAAUCUGGAGAUAAUUUUUCGAACUGCAAAUUGUUCAAAAUCGUUGCUUGGGAUCAUGCGUCUUUUCCGGGCAAUGAUUAUUUUGCGGGGUCCAGAUAUACCGACGAUGGCGUUUCUGCAGCGGCCACGAAUUCAAUGGAAGUGAUAACAGGAAUCAAAGGAAGGUACCAUAAAGGCCAUUAUUUGCCACCCAAAGGGAAUAGAAAUUGGAAAGAGCACAAAAGACGUCACUCAAAAUAAUAUAUUUAAAAGAGCCGCCUCCUUGUUGAAUUUGACAGCACACAUACCACUGGACAUUUUAUUCCAAUGAACUUUUAAUAUAAUCGUAAGUAAUGUGACAGCACUGUUUACUCUAAAAUUUGUUAUGUUUACUAGACAACUACUAUCGAGAACUUUUCAAAGGGAAGUAGGUUUGGUUCAUUUAAAAAAGAAUAAAAAGUGGGUUGCUGUGAUACAUCACACAUAUAGAGAAAUGGAAAACAAACCCAAGUACGACAUUGUAUUGGGACAAGAAUCUUUGAAUAACAUUGUUUCCUACAAAAAUGAUCUGUGUACCAAUAAAAUUGCGCCUGGAACUAAUUUGAUGGGAGUUCUGAACGCAAGCCAAUCUCAACUUAAUCAAAUGACCACCGAAGAAUUCGUAACACUUUUGUUGUUGACCAAAAAACCAAUGAUUUUUGCGGGAGAUGCGAAUAAAGAUGGUGGUUGUGAUUGGAAUGAACUGGAAUUACAAAUUUUGGGCGACUUAGGUAUUGCGAUGAAUGUUGAGAUUUACGACAAUGGAGUUUGGUCACCAAGAAAUUCUAGUUUUUGUACUCAUAAUCCACCAUUGAAUGGAACAUUACUGUUUAUUCCCGGUGCAUUGCUUGAGCAAGUUAGUCCGGACUUGAAAGAGGUAACUUCUGGAAAUAACAUCGAUCAAGAUAAAUACAAUCGUCUGAUUGAGAGAAGAUUGAUGCCACUGCUUUAUUAUGCCAAUGAAAAAGCAAAGCAAGAAAAUGUGCGUGCCUUAAUUACAUGUCCUGCUGUAGGAUGCGGCGCAUUUGCAGGCCGAUUUCGUGGACAAAUGGGAGAACAUUUGAAUCAAGCAUUGCAGUACAUUUUGACAAAACAUGCUCACAAUUUCGAUAAUAUCGCUUGCGUAUUCUUCGGGCCUCACAGUGAAUGUUCAAAUGAAUCGCAUCAAUUUGAAAACGUCAAAUAUCGCAUACGGCCUGAGCUACAAAAUCCCAAUAAGUCGCAACUGUGUAAUCCCAAACAAUACGAAGAAUCUGGAGAUAAUUUUUCGAACUGCAAAUUGUUUAAAAUCGUUGCUUGGGACCAUUUAUCGUUUCCGGGAAAUUUAUAUUUUGUAGGGUCUAGAAACACUGACGAUGGCGUUUCUGCAGCGGCCACGAACUCGAUGCAAAUCAUAACAGGAAUCAAAGGAAGAUAUGAUAGAGGCCAUUAUUUACCUCCCGAAGGGUAUGACGAUUGGGAACAGGUUGUGGAGAAAAAUAAAAUUACUUUGCUAGCAAGAAAUAACGUGAAAAUUAUAACUGCAAAUGGAUCAUUGAUUGAUUUAAAAGUUUGAAUUUAUUUUGAUUUUUUUUACUUAAAAAUAAAUAUUGGAAAU